AUGGGCAUCAGAACAUUAGAGGGCAACUCCAGUUGGAAAGCUAUCUCAAGCUCAUUUAUACAUACACCUCCUUCAGUGGUGAAAGAACUACUAGAUAAUGCUGUUGAUGCCGGCGCCUCCAACGUUUAUGUUGAUAUAGACGCUAAUACUGGCGGCUGUGAUUAUAUCGCUGUAAGAGAUGAUGGCGUUGGUGUUGAACAAUGUGAUAGGGCAUUAAUGUGUCUAAACAAUACAACUUCCAAGAUCUCGAAGUAUGAAGAUUUGAGAUUCUGCAGUAACAUGGGAUUCCGCGGCAUUGCUCUGUUUACCAUAGCAUCCUUAUGCAACCAACAAGGUUCAAUGGAAAUUGUAACAAGAUGCAAGAGUGAACCGCACGGGUUUAAAUGGCAGGUUGAUAUCAAUGGUAAAAUAAAGAAUGAUCAAAUAAACAUUGUACCCUUUCCUAAGGGAACUAGUAUAACGAUACGAAAACAUAUGUGUGAGUUGAAUACAAAGCAUUCCGCCGCGUCAUCCAAAGCGAAAGUCUCACUUGAGGAGAUCUCGCAGUUACUUAUCCAAUACUCUCUAAUAUUCAGCAAUUUGAGAUUUCAUUAUUAUCUGGUUUGUUUGGAUGAUCGUGGUCGUGUAUGUCAGAGAAACUUACAACAACAUUGUGACCGCAAACUAUCAAGUCUAGCAGCUUUGGCAAGGUAUUCUGGUGUACAAAAACCAGAAACUGACCUGUUUGAGUUUGGUCCUUUAACUCUUUCGAAUGGUGUAAUCGUCAGCGGCGUUCUUCCUGUUAUGUUGGGAAUCACAGAAACGGUUAACAGAAGGAGCAUUAGAGUUGUGUCGAUAAAUAAAAGAUUAAUGACACUUUCUUUGUCGGUGGGCCAACAAAUAAAGAGUACUCUCUCUGAUUUAUAUCGCGCUAGGCUACUUUUAGAACCUACAAUGUGGAUUGUUAAUUUAGAAUGUAAACCGUCGUUGGUAAAUGUGGAUAUUGAACCAGCAAAGAAUAAUGUUGAAAUCCAUGACUUUAAAGAUAUUUUAAACAAAUUUAAGAUACUUCUGGGACCCAUAAUUGAAGACUUACAUGGAAUUCAACGUCAGAAUGGGGAGAUGAUGAUCCAGCCAUUAAGUUCAUCCUUUGAUAUCUUAGCUGAUGAUGAAAAUGAUGAUAUUCUCCAAAUUUUGCACACUCCUCAUUAUUCAACCGCCAAGGCAACCUCUAAUCGAAAAAUCAAUGCCGAUAUAGAAUCCACAUUGUAUGAACAAUCAGUUUCUUUAGCAUCAAAUCCUCACCAUACUACUCAAAUGCGCACAAAAACAUCAAAUAACUUCACCCGCCCAAAUACAGGCUGUUCUGAUGGUAGUGAAGCUUGGGCCACUACGAUGUAUGAUAAGGAUUCUGAGUUAGGGGAACCAAUCCGGAAUAGUGGUAGUGAUCUUCCUUCGUCUCUAACUUAUAGAUAUAGAGAAUUGCCUGAUGAUGAUGAAGAUAUUGAACUCUCUAAAGAAGUAAACCUCUGUAAUCCAUUUAUUAUUUCAAGAAUGAAAUCUAAUAGAACAACGCUACUAAAAACCAAGCAAGAAGGCAGCAGUGAAACAGUCAUAAAUAGCUGGGACAACAUCGAGAACAAUAGAUAUGAAGCUAGCCUAUCCAACUGUUCAUUUAACAUUAAGAGGCCCUUGAACUCACUACAGCCUGUUAAUCGGUCAUCUGGAAGCGUAUUUCCAGAUUCAAAAAAGCGACGGCAACUGGCUAGCUCUCAGUUAGUUCAAUCAAAAUUACCACUUAUAACUAGGACGGCUACUAGAAAUACUAUACAGAAGGAGAAGGACACAGUGUUGGAUCUUCAAAGCACUGAUACUGCUGUUGGAAAUGAUACUACCUUAGUCGAAGAGACUAUAAAAUCAAAUGCCAUUAGAAGAUUAGAUACGUUCUCAGAAUAUUCGAAUAAUUUUACUUCCAGAAUAUCCUAUGAUCGAAAUAAUAAAACACUGCUUAAACUAUCAAAAUCUAUUUACAAGAAAGAGAUGACUUGGUUAUUUCGAAAGGGGAACCCUACGUUACCGUUAAUCGACUGUGUUCAAAGAAAAACAGAAGAGCUGGAUAGUAACGUGGAUUUAAAACUUGAUCAAACAGCCAGUGGAUGGUUUAUAAUCAGCAUAUAA